AGAAGCGGCUCGCGCGCUGCUUGGGUUGCCGAGGCUAUGGGGCUGAGUCGGGUCCGCGCGGUCUUCUUUGACCUGGACAACACACUCAUCGACACGGCCGGGGCGAGCAGGAGAGGCAUGUUGGAGCUUCAAGGAGAAACCGAAGGAGUAUCAGAUGUGGAAAGCCCACUUACAAAAAAAUGCCUGCCCUUUCAAUACUAAGGGUCUUAUGCGUCUUCAGGUAAUAAAGCUCUUACAGUCAAAAUACCACUACAAAGAAGAGGCUGAAAUCAUCUGUGAUAAAGUUCAAGUUAAACUGAGCAAGGAGUGCUUUCAUCCCUAUAGUACAUGCAUUACAGAUGUGAGGACUUCACACUGGGAAGAAGCAAUCCAGGAAACCAAAGGAGGUGCUGACAAUAGGAAAUUGGCGGAGGAAUGUUAUUUCCUGUGGAAAUCUACACGCUUACAGCACAUGAUCCUAGCAGACGAUGUCAAAGCCAUGCUCACUGAACUUCGAAAAGAGGUCCGCCUGCUCCUGUUAACAAAUGGUGACAGACAGACUCAGAGGGAAAAGAUCGAGGCCUGCGCCUGCCAGUCUUACUUUGAUGCCAUUGUUAUUGGCGGAGAACAGAAGGAAGAGAAACCAGCACCUUCCAUAUUUUAUCACUGCUGUGAUCUUCUUGGAGUGCAGCCAGGUGACUGUGUGAUGGUUGGUGACACACUGGAAACCGAUAUACAAGGAGGCCUCAAUGCAGGACUGAAAGCUACGGUCUGGAUAAACAAGAGUGGAAGAGUGCCGCUGACAUCAUCACCCAUGCCUCACUAUAUGGUUUCUUCUGUGCUAGAAUUACCUGCUCUCUUGCAAAGCAUAGAUUGCAAAGUCAGCAUGUCUGUGUAAAUACAGAAGAGCGCAGGGACCAUGUUCAGAGCCAGUUUCCAGCGUUAGAACUAAGGGAAGCUAAGGUGUUCCUGUAUAUUUGGUUCUAUUCUAAGAAUAAUGUGAGCGAGGAAUUCAUAGUCCCCUGUGAAGAUCCUCCCAACCCUGCUGCUGUUGAUAACCAUAGGCUUGUGUUCAUAUCCGAAAUCCAGGUAUUAAUCGUGUAGUCCAAAAAACUUGAAGAAAGGCAAAAUAGCUUAUAUGAUGAUAUACAAAUACUGGUUUCUAGAGUAGAAAUUGAUUUUUUUAAAAAAAAUAGAUAUUCUAAAAUAGAGAUUCAGGCAGCUGAAUCGGGACAAUAUAAGUACUAAAUCAUACAAAUCGAGACAUUUCAUAGUGAAAUUUUGCAUAUUUUAGGCAAAUUUGUUAUAAAUAUUGUGCCUACUUUCAAUGUAUGUGUUCUUAAUCUGUUAUCUAAUUUUUCUGCAUGACUUUUGGAGGGCUGAAUUUUCUGUGGCGUGAACAUGACAUUGUUAUAGUUUGGUGAAAAACUAUUAAAAAUCAAACCGUGGUGCUUUUUUCCCACA